AUGCAUGACCCUCAAACCGGAACAUCAGCUCCUCCCCAGGUCUGUGGCUGCGUGACCCUCAAACCGGAAGAUCAGCUGACCGCAGGGUCUGCGGCUGCAAGACCCCCAAACCAAAACAUCAGCUCCUCCCCGGGUCCACGGCUGCAAGACCUCCAAACCGGAACAUCAGCUCCUCCCCGGGUCUGCGGCUGCAAGAACCCCAAAGCGGAACAUCAGCUGCUGCCCAGAUCUGCGGCUGCAAGACCCCCACACCGGAACAUCAGCUCCUCCCGGGAUCUCCAGCUGCAUGGCCCUCAAACAGGAACAUCAGCUCCCCACAGGGUCUCCAGCUGCACGGCCCUCAAAUUGCAACAUCAGUUCCCCCCUGGGCCUCCAGGUGCACCGCCUCAAACUGCAACAUCAGCUCCCCGCUGGGUCUCCAGCAUCACAGCCCUCAAACUGGAACAUCAGCUCCCCCCCGGGUCUCCAGCUGCACGGCACUCAAACUGGAACAUCAGCUCCCCACCGGGUAUCCAGCUGCAUGGCCCUCAAACUGGAACAUCAACUCCCCGCUGAGUCUCCAGGUGCACGGUCCUCAAACUGGAAUAUCAGCUCAAUGCCAGGUCUCCAGCUGCACAGCCCUCAAAUUGGAACAUCAGCUCCCUGCCGGGUCUCCAGCUGCACGGCCCUCAAACUGCAACAUCAGCUCCCCCGCGGGACUCCAGCUGCACAGCCCUACAACUGGAACAUCAGCUCCCCCCGGGAAGUCUGCAGCUGCAAGACCCUCAAACCAGAACAUCAGCUCCUCGCCAGGUCUCCGGCUGCACGACCCUCAAAGCAGAACAUCGGCUACACUCCGGCCUGCGGCUGCAACACCCUCAAACCAGAACAUCAGCUCCUCGCCAGGUCUCCGGCUGCACGACCCUCAAAGCAGAACAUCGGCUACACUCCGGGCCUGCGGCUGCAACACCCUCAAACCAGAACAUCAGCUCCUCGCCGGGUCUGCGGCUGCACGACCGUCAAACCGGAACAUCAGCUCCUCCCCGGGUCUGCGGCUGCACGACCCUCAAAGCAGAACAUCAGCUCCUCGCCAGGUCUGCGGCUGCACCACCCUCAAACCGGAACAUCAGCCCCUCCCCGG